AUGGCGCCGCAGCCCCCGAGUCCGUCGACAGUGCACCCCGACCGCCUAGUCGAUGCGCACAACAGCGGCUCCUUCAUCCAGCUCCAGAAGGGCGACGCCAAGGUCGUCCCGCCGCUGACGGCGAGUGUGGCCGUUGCCGUCGAUGGGCGGCCGAUCGCGCCUGUCGGUCUCGCGGCGCCUGAUGGAUCCAUGAACAUGGGCAAGCAGGUCAUGUCCCCUGCGCUCCUGUUCAGCGAAACUGCGGCCGAGGCGCCGACACCCCAGUCGUCUCUGCCAGCGAUUGACGUCGUCAUUCCGCAAACGAAACCCCUCACCGAUGCGCUGUGGGACAAGCUCGACGAUGUCGUGAACCGCAUCGAUGGCGGAUGGGGAAAGGUCGAGAAGGAGGCUGCGGAGGGGCAUGAUGGGCGCAAGAUUCUCGUCGCCGGCCUCCUUCCCCCGCCGCUGACGCUCAACUCUUCCAAACUGCAGAACGACGCCGCAUACGUGACGCACAUGACGCGGUUGACACAGCUGUCCCUGCACUCGGACGUGGUACUGAAGGCGCUCCCGCCCGUGAUUGACACGACGGUCGCCUCAGAGCCGUGGUGGGAGGACGAGCGCGAGCUCGCACGCGUCGUCAAGAUCAUCCCCGCCGCCGCCUCAGCAGGCACCGUCAGCAAGGAGGACGGCGUCAUCGUCCCCAUCAGCGGGGAGAAGUGGUACGCGCUGUUCCGCCAGUGCGUGGCUGAGCUCGGCGAGGACAAGGGCGCCAUGACGGACAUCAUGGCCGCGAACGCCGAGAGACUCUACGCCCUGACGCAGUAG